CUCUCCUUCUGGGGCCGCGUCCCUCCCGUCAGGUUGCCUGCGCACCCAGUCAACCCGCUCCCGGUGCCCAGCUCCCGGUUCGGGCUCUGCGCGCUGGAGUCUCUUUGGUCCAGUCCGGCGCUGUCCUUGUCAGCCGUGGGGACGGAGCAAACAGCCGAAGGAGACACGGUCAAGCUUGGAAACUUUUGCGGGGGCCCUGGGCGGCCCAGGUCUUUCUGGAUCUGAGAAGCUUGAGGAGGGGCUUAAGCCGGAAAGGCAAAAAAUUGGAAAAAGAAUUGUGAGGAUACCUGUUCUGGAUUUUCUUUGGGACCCUGGCAGCUGAAGUGCCGCUUAUCAACAGUCACACAGAAGUGCUGCUCAUUAAACAUAGACAGAACUGGGUGACGAAGGAAAAAUAGCCUAGAAGACUCUGGUUGUGUCCAGCUGCCCCAAGAGGUCAAUGCUAUUAUUAUUCCUAUUUCAUAGAAGAAGAAACUGAGGCAGACAAAGGUUAAGUGACUUGCUUAGGAUCUCACAACUGGGAGAAUCACCAGGAGAAGCGAGAGUUUCCUCCGGUGCCUGAUGACUCCUCCCCCCUCCUCCUGUCUCCAAGAAGGAACCAUGUGUGAGGUCAACAGGACGGCUGAUGCUAACAAGCCCCAUCUGGUGCCCUUGGUGGUGGUACUGAGCAGCAUCUCCCUCGUCACGGUGGGGCUCAACCUCCUUGUGCUCUACGCAGUGAGGACAGAGAAGAAACUGCACACUGUGGGCAACCUGUACAUCGUCAGCCUCUCCGUGGCUGAUCUGAUCGUGGGCGCAGCUGUCAUGCCCCUGAAUAUCGUGUACCUCUUUAAACCCCUAAAACGGCCCCUCUGCCUCUUCUGGCUCUCUAUGGACUAUGUAGCAAGCACAGCUUCCAUCUUUAGUGUCUUUAUUCUGUGCAUUGACCGCUACCGCUCUGUCCAGCAGCCUCUCAAAUACCUGAGGUAUCGCACCAAGACCAGAGCGACCGUCACCAUCUUGAUCACCUGGUUCCUGGCCUCCCUCUGGAUCAUCCCAAUUCUGGGCUGGAAAAGGUUUUGGUCAGGUAAUGACCAAAGCAAGCUAUCUAAUGACAGUGACACCGGGGACAAGUGUGAGACAGACUUCUACAAAGUCACUUGGUUCAAGGUGAUGACUGCCAUCAUCAACUUCUACCUGCCCACCUUGCUGAUGCUCUUCUUCUAUUCUAAGAUUUAUAGGGCUGUUCGGCAACACUGCCAACACAGAGAACUCAUCAAUGGGUCUUUCCCAUCUUUCUCAGGUGGCACCGUGGAUCACAGAAAACACAAGAUCUGCCUCCCAAAGCCGGAGAAAAAUGCCAGGCUGGAGCCUCUGAAAAGGAAGCCAGAAGGCUCCUACUAUCACGUUAGUAGCAACACCUCCAUGAAGACCCAGGACCCAGCAAUGGAGUUGCCUCCAGAGAAGAACACUCCUAAAAGUUCUGAAGAAGAGGAUGAGGAGGUGAUGGUAGAAGAGCACUUCUUCCCUACUGACAUUGUGCAGACUCAGGAUGGGACAGAGGAGGCCAGAAGAUAUAUAUCCAUCCACCAGAACCAGCCAGAACCCAAGGAGCUGCUCCCAGCCACUCAAUGUGCCAGUGAGACCUCUGAGGAGACCAUAUGUGCUGAGGCACCUUCCCGCUCAAGAGACUCCAGUGCUGCUACUGACUUAGCCACCAGCAUGUCUGCUGAAGACCAAGCCAAGGACAAAGCAACCUUUGGCCUCGAUUACCUGACAUUCACCUGGAAGAGGUUUCGCUCCCAUUCCAGGCAAUACAUAAAGGGUUUGCACAUGAACCGGGAGCGGAAAGCUGCCAAACAGCUGGGCUGCAUCAUGGCAGCCUUCAUUCUCUGCUGGAUCCCGUACUUUAUCUUUUUCAUGGUCAUCGCUUAUUGUGCAAAAUGCUGCAAUGACCACGUCCAGAUGUUUACCAUGUGGCUGGGCUACAUCAACUCUACCCUGAACCCCCUCAUUUACCCGCUGUGCAAUGAGAACUUCAAGAAGGCUUUCAAAAAGAUUUUCCGAAUUGGCUCCUAAAGGGAAACUUCUGGGGUGGGGUGUAGAGAUGAAAAUGACUUCAAAGAAAGAAAGAAAUGAGGGCAGAGGGACUACUUGCAUUUCCAGAAUUCCCUGACAUUCCAGGGUUUAAAGAAAGUCUUGGAAAUCCCUUAUUCCUCGCUGGAGUUAGUGAAGAUGGUGGUGGCUGAAAUUGGAUUAGAGCGGAAUUGAAAACAGAGUCAGAAAAGUUCACAGCUUUUCAAGCAGAGCCAGUGCUAGGAUUUUGAUUAUGGCUCUGAUCUUUGGCAUGUAGACUAAAUGCCUUCAGGUUUCUAUGGGCUCACAUCCAAGUGAAAAGAUGGGCAAGACCCUCGAGGAGCACCGAGAUGUAUAUCGAUAGGCUCAGGGAGUGACUGUGAUCCCAGACAUUGAGUGUUAGUUAACACAAACAUGCUGGAACUUGUAUAGCUGCAUGAGAACUGUCGCUUCACCAUGGAAGGUGAUAUAUUUAUCCUCAAGAGGCUACAAUGGUUCAGACAUUUUAGGGACUCCCCUUGGGGAAUUGCUGGAUGACCCCUACAUUUUCCAGCUCUAAAUCUCUCAUCUUCUUUGACUAGUUUACAAGCCACGCCAAAAAAUAAAAAAUAAAAUAAAUAGUAGUGUGACUUUAACAUUCCAUGUAGCUUUCAGUCCUCUCACCCCACUCUUGCCCCUUUCCCAAAUAAAAUACCAGGAUUCUCCAGCUUGGUUCCAGAAUUGACUCCAAAUGGCUUUUCACUGCUUCCAAAAAUAAAAUCUACCUUCUAAGGAUAAUAAUAUGAUAAUAAUUGACAGUUCUUUGGACCUUUGAAGGUUACAAAGCACUUUACAUGUGCUAAUUCAUUCUCUUUGAGAAAGGUACUAAAGGUAUUAUUAUUCUUUUUUACACAGAGGAAAUUGAGGUUAAAUGACUCACCCAGAGUCAUAGAGCUCUAAAUAUCAGAGGCAGAAUUUAAACCCCAGGCUUUUUGAACCUAAGUCCAGCCUGCUGUCCACUCUACUCCCAGUUCUCAAGGAAAGAAGAUUUGCCACCCUUGAAAGGAUCUCAAAGUGCCACCAGCUCAGAAGGGCAUUCCAGAGGAGUCCCCAUGAUAUUUUGAAGGAUGGUAGCCUCAUUGCAAUAAAUGUGUAACCUCCCAAGGAGACUACUUUAAAGGGGGCAACAAUCCCCGUGAGUGGAUUAGUACUAGUCUAUUUGUUUAAAAAAACCUAUCAUGUUUUACUAUAUUCCUUUCAGUUAGUGAGGCCAUCGUGAACACUGUUAAAUGCCUAUUAUGUGCCCCGCACUGUGAUAAAGGCUAGGGAUUCAAACAAAGGAUAUGACAGUCCCUGUUCACAAUCUAAUAGAGAAAAUAGCACAGAAAUAACUCUAUAAAAAGAUAUUACGAUGGGAUAAAUAAGAGACAAUCAAUAGAGGGAGGGCACUAGAAUUAAUAGGAAUUGGAAAGGGCUUCCUGCAGAAGGUGAGAUUUUAGUUGGAACACAAAAGGAAGUCAGGGAAGCCAGGAGGCAGAGCUGAAGACAGAGAGUGUUCCCAGGCAUGGCGGGCAGCUAGAGCCUGAUGCUGAGAGAUGGCUUUGUAGCAAUACCUCACAUCAAGAAAUAGAGGAGUGAAGAUUUAGAACUGAAAGGGACCUUGUCAUCUAAUCUAAUACCAUCAUUUUACAGAUGAGGAAACUAAGGUCCAGAGCCAUAAUCUGACUUUAAGAGUCAGUAGAAUCAAGAUUCAAAUCCAGAUCCUCUAACGACAAAUCCAGGACUCUUUCCACCGUCCCACUAAAGAAAUGAGUGGAGGCAAGAGUGGUAGAAUGGUUGAAUUUUGAGGCAGAGGACCUGGAUUCAAAGCCUGAUUCUCUUCCUUAAUAGCUAGUUAGCAUUUAUAUUGGGCUCUAAUGUUUGCAAAGCAGUUUAUGAGAUAUCUCAUAUGAUCCUCAGAACAAUCCUGCAAGGUAGGUGCUAUUAUUAUCUUCAUUUUAUAGAUGAGGAAACAGGCUUAGAGCAGUGACUUAAGUAAGGAUUAGAGAAGUGACUUAAAUAACUAAGUUAAAUGAGGUUUAGAGAUAACAUGAGUUAAGUAAGGUUUAGAAAAGUGACUUAAGUAACUGAGUUAAACAAGGCUUAAAAAGGUAACUUAAGAUCAUACUGCUAGCAAUUGACUGAGGUUUCAGGUCUUGUCUUGAAGUCUGGCUUUCUUGAAGUCUACCCACUAUACCAUGUCACCGAACAUGUGAAAGUCAUUUAGCCUCAUUCAGCCUUGGUUUCCUCAUCUGUAAGAUGGGACAAAGAGAGGAUAAACUAGAUGAUCUCUAAAAUUCUUUACAGCUCUAAAUCUGAUACUAUGACUUUUUUAGAGUUCUUAUCAAGGUAGGGUAAUGGAUAAAGGGCCAGCCUGGCAGUCAGGAAAAUCCAGGUUCAAAACCUGCCUCUGAUACAUAGUGGGUAUGUGAAACUGGGCAAAUCACUUAACCUUUUGGUGUCCCAGAAAACAAAUGGCUGAUCUGCAUCAAUGCAGGAAGAUUUCCUUUACUGAUUAAUUCAUGGGGCUAAAAUAUGCCCUUUUCCCCACCCUGCCCCCCAAAAGUUGCUGUCCAGAUGUGAUUUCUCAUCAGAAAGUUAAUGUUAGGAUGGAAUAAUGUACCCUCAAAAAAGAAGUCAUCUGCAAAAUUGUGUGUAUCAUUUCUUGUGCUUGUGCUUUGGUGCUUAGGAUGCAGUAUUUAUAUAGUUUAAAUAUGAAGUUUGAGCUGUCUUUGUCAUCAUCCCUAUUUAUUUGUUGAUAUUUAGCUGAAUCUACCUUGUACUUCUGAGGGACCUCAUAAUGCCCUGCCAAAUGCUACAGGGUUCGUCUGGUUUCAUUUGUAAAGUUCAUUUAGAAAAGGAAUUAUUUUUUAUUAAAAACAAACAAACAAA